AUGGCUUCAACACAGACCGCGCUGCCGUUCCUUACGCGCAACUACUCCAACACCCAGCAAUAUCAAUCGCCCAACGGCCCCUGGCCCAGUCGUCGGACUUCGCUCUCCAGUUUCCCUACCGGCUCCGCCUCGAGAUCCCCCUCGCAAAUGUCCAACACUUCUCGCCCCUCGCGAUCCCCUCAGCCGCCGCCUAUCGCCGAGACGGACCGCUCCUCGAACCCCAGCUCAAAGUCAAAGACGCCCUCCACUGGUGUGUCGUCGCAGCACUCGUCGCUGUCCGCCCCGCGCCGCUACAACCCCGAUGCGCACCCCCCACGCAAGUUGCGCUCUCAGUACCCGCGGGGCUCGACCGAGAAUCAUGUCGAGUACAUUCUGGUCGCCUCUUUCGACAUUGACCGAGGCCCGGUCAUGGAGCACCAGUACCCGGUCUCCAUAACUGGCGACGAACACAUGUUGGCGGAGCUCAUGUUACCCGAUCAAGCUCACGUACGCAACCAGGACUGGACCAUUUUCUUCUUGCACAAGGAUACGAGUCAGGAAGAGGAGGACGAGGAGCGCAAGGCAAAGGAGGCCAGGAAACGAAGGCGCAAGAGGCUGAGGAACCGCGCAGCUGGAAUCAUUGACGAGGAAGACGAGGGCGAGGACCUAGGAGAUGAGGAAGACUUGGACGACUUGGACGAUUAUGACGAUGACGAGACCGACGACGAUGAGCCGGAAGGGGGAGAAGGGCCACCGCUGAUCUAUGUGCUGAAUCUGGUCAAUACGAAACAAGACAAGACGGUCAAGAGAGGUGCUGUGGUCAAGGCCAUGGCCAUCUGCACCAGGCAUCCAUUCUUGCACAUUUACAAGCCCCUUCUCCUGUUAGCGCUGGAUGAGUACUUCAAGGCUCCAGUACCCGAAACAUUGGCUAUGUUGUACGAUGCUGUAAACGCCAUGGACCUGUCCCUAAUGCCGAAACUGAGCCUGCUCGAGAGACACCUGCUGCAAGCCAGUGACAACAAAGACCUGUUUGUGGAGAAGUUUGAGCAAAUGAUUCAAAUGCGCAUGGCCGAGGACCGUGGCGAGCACAUCAGCGACCAACCGUUUGACGCGAGCCGGGAGCCUCCGAAAAUGCCAGGCGUCUCGAGGAAGGGAACGAAAGCGCACAUCGAACUCGGCUCGACAUAUUCAGUGCCCCGGGAUACGCACGAAUUCGAAAGCAAGGUCAUGUACAAGGGUAUUCCGGUGCCAAUCAAGGUCCCGGUUGCCGUCAUGCCGGAAACCGUAGGCGACUUCUCCUUGGUCAAGCUCAUCCAGAAAUUCUCAGAGCCUCAGGGCAAGUCACCACAACCGUUCCCGUUGCACCCGCAGUUGACGACGAAUGGCCCGCAUACACACCCGAUCAUCGUGCUGGUCAAUGCGUUGUUGACGCAAAAGCGAGUGAUUUUCCUGGGCCAUAACAUGCCUUCGGGCGAGGUUGCGGAGGCAGUCCUGGCUGCGUGCGCCUUGGCAUCCGGUGGUACGCUGAGGGGCUUCACGCGACAUGCGUUCCCCUACACGGAUCUAACCAAGAUUGACGACCUGCUCAACGUACCUGGCUUCAUUGCAGGAGUCACCAAUCCGACAUUCGAGUUGCACCCUGAAUGGUGGGAUGUCUUAUGCGACCUGCCCACGGGGCGUGUCAAGAUCAGUAGCAAGAUUGACCCCGCGCCGGUGACAGAGGGAAUGGUGUACUUUCAGCAGCAGAAUCCGUCUUAUGCCGGACUCGUCGGGGGCACAUCCAAGGUUGCUGCUGAGAGCGACCUCACGGGCGACGCGGCAUUCAUGCAAGAUGUCUUGAGGAGCAUUGCGGCAAGGCACGGCGAAAGAGUGAUACGCGCCAAGUGGAGAGACUGGGUGAUCAAGUUCACCCGAAUCGCAGCCGCCUUUGAGGAAAGCGUGUACGGCGCGAGCGCUCUCUACAUUGGCGGCGAUGAGUUGGAAAUGGGCUCCAUCGGUAUCAACGGCCACGGCUACGUGUGGCCGGAUGAACAGUCAAAACACAAGGAACUUGCGGGUAAUGUGACAAGAAUUGAAGGCUGGAGAAACACAAGGAGUUACUACAGCUUCAUCCAGGAUCUCGCACAGAUGUACCAGGUCAGGCCACUAAAGGGUCUCGAUUUGCACCACAUGCACGACCGGCUGCGAACGCAGCGGCUCAAUCCAAUGCAGAGCAAGGAGAUUUAUGUUCAGUUCUCCAAAUACGUCCACUCCUACGAUGAGAUCUGCCUGCUUCUAAGCGUCGCACCGGAGUCUCAUGCAGGACUGUUCUAUAUCGCCCUCGGUCUCUUCCACAAGGACCGCGAGGUACGACUGAAGACGGCGGACCUCCUGGAACGUAUCGGCGAGCACGAGGCCGGGCAGCAUUGGUGGAAGGCGCUCAGUCGCUUCGAGAAGCUGGCGUUCAACCGGAUCCGCAAGGAGGCGGACGCGGAGAUGCGGGCGAAGCUGGAGAAGGAAGGCUUGAGUCCCGAGGUGGAGAGACGGAUCAGUUAG